AUGACAGGUUUGUCCUUGGUGCUUAGGGCUUAUAAACCAGUAGGUGAUGUUAGAGAUGUUGACAUGGUGGAGUCCUCUGAAGCUCACUUUGGAGCAACCACAAAGAAAAUGCUAUGUCCCAAAGAAGAAGCACUUGCUACACUCUUCCACAAUGUCUCAAGCUCUUUCCAACUUCUCUUCCUCCUCCUCUUUUCCUCAGCCAUUUUUCUUGUCACAUUCUUAACCUUCACUGGCAGAUACCCUUUGAUCCAAAGCAGUGAUCCACAAUAUGAAUAUGCUUUCACUGAGGAUGAUGAUGAAGAAGAAGAAGAAGAAUCUCAAGAAGGGUAUUCCUGUGUUGAUUGUACUGAGAGAGCGGGUGACAGGGAAGCCCUUGUGUUUCUUCACAAUGAGGACCCUCGGAGGAGUCUUUCUUAUUCUGAAGAAUUCAUAAGCCCAGAAGAGAGCUUCAUUGAAGAGUCAGAACAAAGCCAUUAUUCCGAAACAUUAUCUGUUCACAGCACUCCACGAGUUUCUGACUUCGAAAAUGAAGAGGCAGAAACUGUUCAACAAGACUUUCAAGCAAGAGAUGCUGAUUUUGUUCCAAAUUCUCUCCCAGUUGAAAGCAUGACCACCUCUCCCUUCAACCUGAACCCAUAUAAAAAUGAUCAUGUUAGUGUUGAAAUUAUUAAAAAUAAGAAGGUGCAAGAGCCAAACCUCGCAAGGGAUGAGAGAUUCUUUGUUUUUGCUUCUACCCAGUUGAAGAGUAAGAAAUUGGUUGUUGAAGAGAAGGAUGAAGAAGACUCAAAGAGCUCCACAGGAUGGAGGAGCUCCAUCAAUUGCAGGGAUUCUGAGACUGAAGAUGCAUUUUCUUCCUCAUCUAGAAGAAGUUGCCCCAAGUGGGAAUCAUAUACAUUGUUCCAAAAGUAUGAUGAAGAAAUGGCAAUCUUAGACAGAAUUAGUGCACAGAAACUUCAUGAAACUGAGUCUUUAAGGUCGAUCCAAGUAUCUCCAAGAUCAAUGUCAGAGCGUGUAGCAUGCAGGUUUCAAAGUGUAAAUAAAAAGGCUGCUGAUGUUGGACACAACCCAUAUCGUGAACUAGAGGCUGCAUAUGUUGCACAAAUUUGCUUGACAUGGGAAGCCCUUAGUUGGAACUACAAAAAUUUUCGUUCCAAACAUGCUCCACGCCAUGAUCAUGAUACCGGUUGCCCCGCCACCAUUGCACAGCAAUUCCAGCAAUUUCAGGUUUUGUUGCAGAGAUACAUAGAGAAUGAGCCUUAUGAACAUGGCAGGAGACCUGAGAUCUUUGCUAGAAUGCGGCUUUUGGCACCAAAACUGCUCCUAGUGCCAGAAUAUCAAGAUUUAGAGGAGGAUCAAAAGGAUGGUGGCUUUCAAUGCAAAAUAUCAUCAACUUCAUUUCUAAAGAUAAUGGAGGAUGGCAUUAGAACAUUCAUGAAUUUUCUUAAGACAGACAAAGAAAAACCCUGCCAGAUCCUAGCAGCCUACAUUAGGAGAAACCUAAGAGGCACAGUUGAUCCAACACUACUUCGACUAAUGAAGAAAGUUAAUCAAAAGAAGAGGGUAAAGGUUAAGGGCCUUCACCAUUCAGGCAAAAGCUUGAGGAAGAGAAAGUUAAAAGUGGAAGAAGAGAUGGAUACUUUGAUGGCUCUCAUAGACCUAAAAGUGGUGUCAAGGGUUUUAAGAAUGAAUGAGUUAAGUGAAGAACAGUUGCACUGGUGUGAGGAGAAGAUGAGCAAAGUGAGAAUCAUGGAAGGAAAACUUCAAAGAGAUUAUUCCACUCCACUUUUCUUCCCCUCACAUUGA